AUGUCAUCCAAGACCACGGGCGGAAAGGGAGGAAAGGCCAAGACAUCCUCCGAGGCAAAAGUCCUCACUACCCGUUCAUCCAAAGCGGGCCUCCAAUUCCCUGUCGGCCGUAUUCACAGGUUCCUUCGUAACAAGAACGCCAACAACGUGCGCGUCGGCGCCAAGGCCGCAGUUUACGUCGCCGCCAUCAUGGAGUACCUGACCGCUGAGGUUCUUGAGCUUGCCGGUAACGCGGCCAAGGACUUGCGCGUGAAGCGCAUCACACCGCGCCACUUGCAGCUGGCCAUUCGCGGCGACGAGGAGCUCGACCUCCUCAUCCGCGCCACCAUCGCCGGCGGUGGUGUGCUCCCACACAUCCACAAGACCCUUGUCACCAAGCCGUCAGGCCUCAAGCCGAAGAAGGUUGGGGCGUAG